AUUAGACUUCGGCGUGAAAUAGCAAAAUGAAGCUUUUAUCAAGAUUUUUUACUGCUCUUUUUUACAGAGGUCCUGUCAAAGCAACUCCAGAAAAGCAAACCUAAACCCAGAUUCAUACGAUACCAGCCAUGGAACACAAAAAUGUACCCGGUGUGGAGGAAAGGAGAUCCACGUUACAGGAGCAGCUGGACAGGUGGGGAGGUGAAAUUUGAUGUCCGUAAUGAUGCCCCAACUCUCAGUGGAGCUAAAGUCACCUUCACUAUUGAUAUAAUCAUCCCAGAGAACCAGUUAGUGCUGUCCAAUGGAGAAGUUGUUUGGGGAAAAUACUGCUUUGUAAAUGGUACCCAACAUCAGAAAGGGGAGUCUGUCUAUCCUCAGGAAUUCAUUGAUGAGCAGGAUGCUGUUUUUCCUGAUGGCUCUCCGCUGAACAAUUGUGAAAACCAAAAACCACUAUAUGUGUUUGUGUGGAAAACCUGUGGAAAGUACUGGCAGGUGUGUGAUGGUCUGUCAUCUUCCCUAGAAAUAAGCACUCAAGGCAUUCCUCUCGGCUCCUAUGUAAUGGAUGUGGUCAUUUAUCAGUACAGAAAGAAAGACAAAUUUAUCCCGAUUGGUUAUGCAUCCACACAGUACUGUAUCACUGAUCAGAUCCCAUUUGAUGUCACUCUUACACAAGUAAAUGAUAAGGAUGAAGGGGACCAGACAUUUACCCAAAACCAUCCAAUUGCCUUUGCCAUUGCAGUCCAUGACCCAAGUUCCUAUUUGAGCAACUCUGACAUAACUUUUAACUGGGAUUUUGGGGAUGCCAGUGGCACUGUGAUUUCAAAAGAACCCACUGUCACCCACACAUACACCAAAACUGGCUUUUUUAAACCCCAUGUUGUCGUCCAGGCUGCUAUGCCAAAUAUGUCCUGUUCCACUCCACCAAAUCCACCUCCAGCCACAUUCGCCAAUGCUGAUUUCUUUAUCUCUGAGGGACAUGCAGGGUCUGUUCGGCUUAUCUCAACUGAAAGGGCAUAUAAAGACACCACAGAGUCAAUGAAACAUUUUGGUUCAAUCAAUGCUGAAAUGAAAACAUCUUCCCAGCUGGAUACGAAUGGAGUGAGGAAUAUUGAAGCUAUUUUCCAAGAUACCAUUGUAAUGAAAAAACAACAGCCACCAAAUUCUGACCAGGACUGUGUGGUCUACCGUUAUGGCUUCUUCUCCACACAGAUCACAGUUGUUGAAGGCAUCAAGGAGGUGAAGAUAAUCCAGAAGGAUGGUGCUUUUCUCCAACAAAAUGCUGUCGAUUUCAUCAUUUCCUGUCAGGGAAGCUUGCCUACAGACAUAUGCACUGUGAUAUCCGACUGCAUUUCUCCAGGCAAGACCAUCUGCAGUGCUGUAGGCGCUUUACCAGAGUGCAUGCACGUUCUCAGACACGUGUUCCAUGACUCUGGUAUAUUUUGCAUUAACGUGUCAAUGAGUAACGACGUCAGCCUUGCUGUCACUAGUACCAGGGUAAAUGUAAACACUGGUUCCAGGUUCUUCAUCACCGGAAUCGUGGCUAUAGUGCUGGGUGUCCUGAUGGUUGCAUUAGCAAUUGGGACCUUUGCUUACAAACAUCAAAAGCUCUACCAGCCUCUGUCUGAGUUUUCUACAACAGGGAUUACAUGUUCAAUGCCUUCUCUUCUCUGGACUCUGGUAAAGCAGCAGGCAGCACCAAAACAUUCAGUCCUUCUUCAGCAAGUGUGAACAAGCAUCUACAGCCACGAUGCAAAUUCCAAUUGUACUUUGUAUUUUUAUUUCUUUUGGUAGGUGUUUAUGAUUUGCACACAAAGAAUCAGUGUUGUAAUAGUAAAACGCUUUUAUUUUUUACACUAACAAAUGACUACUGUAGUACUACUGAGUAUUUAAGACACAAGUCUUCAGUUUUGCUUUUUUUAUUUUAUUUAAUGUAAUAAAUUUUCAAAAGCCAAUAAUGUGUUUUGAUAUUUGUCUAUUAUUGACUGUUUUUUUAUU